GACGAGCAGGGUGAAAGUGUAAUAGUCACGCAGUGAAUAUUGUUUAUGGUACGGCCGCGAGAAGCUUCCAAUUUCGAACGUAUAUUUUUUGGUUUCCGUCAAAUGCGUUCGUCUUCGGUUUCAGAUUUGUUCUUUGAUCGAUAUCGGAACGCAGGUAGGGUGUGCAGAUAUGGCGAGCGGGUUUGGGGAAUCGACAAGUAGGCAACCCCAAGGCCCUUCUUAUUCCGAUAACAAUGGUGAUGCUAGUAAUUUUGAAUGCAAUAUUUGCCUGGAUUUAGCUCAGGAUCCUAUUGUAACCCUAUGCGGUCAUCUUUUCUGUUGGCCAUGCCUUUACAAGUGGCUGCACAUUCAUUCCCAUCCCCAGGAAUGUCCAGUUUGCAAGGCUCUCAUAGAAGAACAAAAAUUGGUUCCCUUAUAUGGUAGGGGAAAGACAUCGACCGACCCGAGAUCGAAAAGUAUUCCUGGAAUCAAUAUUCCUAAUCGUCCUGCUGGACAGAGACCUGAAGCAGCAGGCCCUCCCCCAGAACCGAAUCCUUUUCCCCACAAUGGGUUUGGAUUCAUGGGAGGUCUUGGCGGGUUUGCCCCAAUGGCAUCGACGAGGUUUGGCAAUUUCACUUUGUCUGCGGCUUUUGGUGGUCUUGUCCCAUCUUUAUUCAACUUUCAGAUGCAUGGAUAUGCAGAUCCAAGCAUGUAUGGUGCAGGUGCUAACGUUCCAUAUGGUUUUCCUAACAUGUUUCAUGGUAGCCAUGGUCACGCCCAUGGCUACUAUCACCAUCUCCGUCAAGGUCAGCAAGAUUAUUACCUGAAGCGGCUGCUUUUGUUUAUUGGUUUCUGUGUUCUUCUUGCCCUAAUCUGGCAAUAGAUGAAAGGAGGGUCCUUAAGGGCUUAUAUUACUUCGUGGUGUUUAGUGAAUUCAGUCUCUAAUGUAAUAAUUCAAAAAGAUCUGCUAUUACAUUGCCUUGAUAUCUCAUUAUUCGUCCUGAUUAGUCAUACUGUUUGUUGAAAUGGACAUCGGCUUUUUGAGUUCGGCAUGAUGAACAUCAGCUGACAUGCUUAUGCAAUUGUAUUUGAAGGUUUUCAUUUACGCACAUAUAUACACAUUUACUUGCU